GUGCUGUUUAUCCAUCGAUGACAACUUCCGCUGCAUUGAAACCCGGAAAAGGAGACAAAGGCCUACUUUCGGUUGCGUACAAUAAAUGUUAUUGAUUAACCAUGAUCACCAGAUUCUACUUCAUCUGUGUGUCUGCACUGCUGAUACACAAAGUGUCUCUGCAGGUCACAGGUGAUAUUGGUGGUUCUGUUCUCCUUUCGUGUUCUUCAGAUGAACCUGGUCAAGAUAUUGAAGUGCAUUGGAGACAGAAUGGUAGCAAGAUUGUGUAUGAUAUAAUCAAGGGUAAAGAAUCAGUAGAGCAACAGGAGACACGAUACAAGAACAGGGUUGAAACUUUCCCUGAAGGGUAUGAGAGAGGAAACUUCUCCAUCAAGCUCAACAAACUUCAAAUCAUUGAUGGAGGAAGAUACACCUGUCUCAUCUCACACUCAUCUGAACAUAAGACUGUGGAGCUGAUCAUCAAAGAGCCAACAGCAGGAAAUGGAACCAAAUUGCCAUCAACAGACAAUGUUACUAAAUUACCUACUGAAGAACCCAAAACAGAUGGGGUGACACCAUCGCCUUUGAUCUGGGUUACCAUAGUAGUUUUAUUAGUAAUGAUUAUAGUCUGUUUUAUCAUUGGCUAUAGAAAAAAAAUUCAAUCUGCGUUAUUCUCUCCUGUCAUGACUGAAGAUAAAGAACCUCGGCAGAAAUAAAUGUGUAAAAGUUUCAAAAGUAAUUAUUACAGCUUUCAUUGUUUCAUUCUGGUGUCAGAGACACUGUUGUGUGCUCUUACAUUCUUGCUGCACCGCAUUGCUCUUAUUGUAAAACCCAAAGUGAUCUUAAAACAGGAAUUUUGUUUAAAAUUAUGACCCAGGAGCACAAAACCAGACAUAAGUGGCAUAGGUAUAUUUGCAGCAGUAACCAACAACAUAUUGUACAGGACAAAAUUAUAAAUUUUUCAUUUAUGCAAAAAAUAAUUUGGAUUUUAAGAUAAUGUUCCAUUAAGAUACUUUGUAAAUUUCCUACCAUAAUUAUAUUAAAACUGAAUAUUUUAUUAGUAAUAUGC